UGGUCCUCGACCCUCGGAAUUCAAUAUAGCAUCUGUCUUCCACCGUUGUCGGUAUAUUUUGUUAGAAGCCCAAGUCGUUGAUACACAGUAAAUUUGUUCAAUCUUGUACAAUUAAGAUACACCGUUUUCGUCCAAUCUUCUAGUCGCCACCUGCAUUCACCACCAACUGUGACUUACUCCUCGGCCUCGGCCCGUCAAGACAGCGACAGUUACAACAUUCUUCAGCAUGGGUUUCCCAGCGUCGCAACCAAUGGCGGGGCACUCGUCACUGACAGGCAGCCCGAAACUGCCGUCAUUCUACUCUCCUCGAACACAACCAGCCGCCAUCACGGAUGACGUACCCACAAGUGAAGCGACUGCGCUAGAUGGCGAGCCGCAACUGCUGCAAAAAACAAAAGGGACACCGAGCACGCGCCCUUCCGCUUCCAUCCUCGGUGGAGCAUUGGGACACGAACAGCCGCUCCCGCCCCCUUCCCUCCUCUCGCCGGCGUUCACCCCGCCCGGGACGCCCGGAACAUCAACCCCGAACACCUCAUCUCCCGUACCGCUCGGUGUGCCCGUUGAUAGCAGUGUCGAGUCGGGUGGCUGCGGCUCCAAGAGGCCACGCCUGUUGGAGAAGCUCCCUGAGGUACAAUGUAUAGUGCGUGCACGCAUUCCAACCACCGCGGGCACCCAGAUGUUCUUACACCUCUACACGAAUAAUGUCGACAACAAAGAGCACCUUGCCAUCGUCUUUGGGAACAACAUCCGUAGCAAGAGCCUCGACGCUGUACGACCGGGAGAGACUGAGAUGGACCGCAUGAUCAGGGGUGCCUACACGGGGGUUCUGUAUCCAGGAAGAACUAGCAGCAGUGCAGCCGAGGCUUCGGAAGCCAUUCAAAAGCAGCAACAGCAGCCCGACGGCGGGCGCAACGACAUUCCUCUCGUCCGUAUUCACAGUGAGUGUUACACGGGCGAGACAGCCUGGUCGGCGCGAUGCGACUGCGGAGAGCAGCUCGACGAGGCGGCACGGCUCAUGUCUCUGCCAUCAAACGCCGCUGGCGGCAUCAUCAUCUACCUGAGGCAGGAAGGGCGUGGAAUUGGUCUCGGCGAGAAGCUCAAGGCAUACAAUCUACAGGACCUGGGAUCCGACACGGUUGAGGCGAAUCUGCUUCUACGACACCCAGCGGAUGCGCGGUCUUACGGUCUCGCGACGGCGAUGCUGCAAGACCUAGGACAAACAGAGAUCCGGCUCCUGACCAACAACCCCGACAAAAUCCGAGCAGUAGAGGGUCCCAACAGGGAAGUCGUGGUCCGUGAAAGAGUGGCAAUGGUACCGCUGAGCUGGAGGGGAAGGGGAGGAUUCAGAAGUAAAGAGGUGGAGGGUUACUUGAAGACAAAGAUUGAGAAAAUGGGCCACAUGUUGGACAGUGGGGCGAUGCCUUCAUGAUUCGCAGCAAGGCGUGGGACGAAACGCGCAGGACUUUGUGACGCGUUCGUUGGGCUACGUGUAAAGGCUCAUGUUGAAAAAAGCAAUCGUCAAGUCGCAAAGCCGAGCAGCGUAGGUACCUAGAGACACAACCUGCUGCCCAAGUGGCUGCGGGGUCCAAAACCAUUGGCUUAAGCUAGUUCUAGGGGUUUUUUAUGAUACAUAUACACUCCAUUUAAACGGGUUACAUAUCACCAUUUAAAGUAGGAAUUUUGAGAAUUAAACAUGUCAGGUAAUCAUGGAUGCAUGGAAAUAUAACAAAGUUUGUCG